CGAGGUCCAGUCAGGCAAGCUAACCGCCGCCCCCUUUGGUCCGCCGCCGCCGCCGCCGCCGCCGCCCCGUCGCCUCCGCCGGCCAUGGCUCUCCGCCGCGCCGUCGGAUGCCUCGCCAUCCGCUCUCAAGCCUACCUCCGCGGCGCCGCCCCCUCGCCUCCUACCGCGCCCCCGCCUUCCUUCCGCCGCCCGAUCAUCAUCCCCUACCGGCCCUUCGCCGCUCCGCCUCAUCUGGUCAAGAAGGCCCCCAAGGACGACGACGACACCGAGCCCAGGAUCAACAACGACAUCACCGCCCCCUUCCUCAGGCUCGUCACCGACCAAGGGCACAGCGUUGUCCCCAGGCAUGAAGCUCUUCAGCAGGCGGCUAGGAUGGGCAUGGACCUGGUUGAGGUCCACCGAAAAUCAGACCCUCCUGUUUGCAAGAUCAUGGACUUCCACAAAGAGAAGUACAACAAAGACGCCAAGGAGAAAGAACGCCUAAAAACUAAGUCUGCUAUUGUCUUACGUGGUGGGGAUAACAAGGAAGUGCGAUUUAAGGCGAAGACAGAAAUAAAAGACUUGAAGGUGAAAGCAGAUGCAAUUACCAGACUAAUGGAACGUGGUUACAGGGUGAAGUGCAUGGCGAUGCCUGCAGGUAACGAAGCAGAAGAUCUCGGCGGACCGCUAUCUCGGUUAUUGGGACUGAUACAAGAUGUGUGCAUUGUAGAAAGUGGGCCGCAUUUGGACUCAAAGCAUGCGUAUGUAAUUGUCCGGCAUGCGAAGUUUGCAACCAAGAAAGGUGGAAAGAAGGCUAGCCAGGCCAUGGAAGACGCGGGCAAAGGCACCCCUCGCAGUACUGCCCCUGAAUCGCCAGCCACUGCUACAGACAGUGGGGAUGUGGCAAGUGAAUAUCGUUCGGAAGUAGACAAAACGCCCUCCCCUCGCUCCAGUGAACCUUCCAUGCAAAGAGAAAGGCCAGAUAGAGGCUUCAGAAGGGAGUUAAACUCGAACCCAGGCAACAACCGCGAAAGCGCGCACAACAUGAAUGCUGAAGGGAACAGGAUGAACCCUGGCCAGGCGGGACCGCAAUCAUCACCAGACCGUGGACUUGGCGCUUCCAGGAGCGGAAAUCCUCAUCAAACGGAAAAGCGGGAUAUGGCACCUGAGCUGACCAACAGGUAUGCCAGCCGUAGACCGCAGCCCGGAGGCGGCGACAACCAAGGCCGAUUACCACCACAAGAUCCGAGAAGAAAUGAAAACGAAGGCCGGUAUAACCAGAGACCAUCAGAACAGCCCAACCAGCCACCGCUUCCCAGGUUCAGCCAAGGAGGCAGAUCACCACCACCUCAAGACCCAAGGAGAAACGAGAGAGGAAGUUACAUGCCACCGAAUAACAACCAGCGGCAGUUCCAGCAACCGAGUCAGAGCGCUGAAUUGGCACCAGGCCGCGAUGCGGGGAAUCCUGCUUCGGCUGCCAGGAGUUUGGGCGUCUUCAGUACUCGAACGCCGUCCACACCUGAUGUGAAGAAGACAGAUGGCGUGUCUGCUGGCAAGCCUGAGGUUAAGAAAAGCUUUGGGAUCUUUAGCGCUCCGAAAAGAGGAUCUGGUGGUAAAAGCUAGUGAAAGAGAAGUUUUGCAGUGUAUUUGGAAGAGGGAACAUUCUACCUUGCAAGGAACGAAGUUUGGUGGCAGCGAUCUAUUGAGAAUGUUUCUGAUGUUCCAGUUGUUGCUGCUUCUUUCGUACUCGGCCUCUGCGCAUUUAUAUGACUUGGGAAGUGCGGGAAUUGGUGAUCACCAAACUGUUUGUUAGACUUGAGGAGUAGCUAGAUUUUGGGAACAUGACGAUGCGGGCAGCCACGAGGUGCUCGGCGUGGCUUGGUUCAGUGGUGCCUUGUCGCAGGCUCUGGAGAUUCUUCACCAUUACUGGACUCUCGGCAGGCCACAUACUGUUUUUGUUGUGGGGUGUUUUACUGCAAUAAAACAAAGGGCCUGGCUAGGCGUGUCUUUA